GUUAAAAACCGUUAAAUUUACAGGUAAUUAAUCAAUUUCCCGCGAAAUCUCCGAAAUCGAGAUUGAUCCCGAGACCUAUUCGCGUUCAUUUCGCAAGGUGCAUUGGUUUUAGCAAGUCGACGUCUUCAUUAAUUUUUUAAGUUCAAAAAUGUUUUGCCAACGUAGUGGUUCUAACAACACCUCAUCAGCUGAUUCCAUCUGUUCCACCAGCAAGGUUAAGGCAGAUAAGGCCCCUUUCCUGCCUAAAUUCGACAUGCUUCUUGAGGCAAACCCAGGAUACCACAUCAUCCAGCAAAAUGACCAAAGGGUUUUCGAACCUGUAGAGGCCACAAAGUUCAAUAACUACCCGGAGGGAUGCGAAGUUUUCGUCGGGAACAUCCCGGCAAACGUUUUUGAAGACGUCCUAAUCCCUCUGUUUCAGAAAGCGGGAAUCAUUUACAAGUUCAGGCUUGUAACGGAUUUAGAUAAAGAACGUAGAGGCUAUGGCUUUGUAUGCUUCUUCGACCCGGCAGACGCCCAACAAGCCAUAACACUCUUCAACGACUACGAAAUAACAAAGGAUAAUAAAUUAGCAGUUCAUCUUAGCAACCCCAAGCGCUAUCUCUUCAUCUGGAACAUUCCAGAAGAAAAAACGCUUCAAGAGGUCGAAGACGUCUUCCGUGGCUAUUUCAAAGGAAUUACCGCGGUCACCAUGUACCCCAAUCGCCAAAACCCAAACCACAACCGUGGCUACGCUCUCAUAGAAUUCGGAUCUUGUUUUGAAGCAUUUGAAGCGUUAAACCGACUGUACCCGAGAAACUUAUUCGCAUGGAACCGGCGUUUGUCUGCGGACUGGGCCGAUCCAAUUCAAGAAUGUGCCCCACAGUACCAACCGUCAAUCAUAUUCCUUAGCAAUUUGCCUCGUGAAGUUACCAAAGAGGAACUCGAGGAGGUUGUCAGGGCCUUAGUGAGCCCAUUCGUCAUCACUAGCGUUUACAAGGUGAUGAGUUUUGCUUUUGUGCAUUGCCCCGAACCAUGCCUUGCCGAUUUUGUUAAGGAUCGUUUGAUUGGUUUUACAUUGUUCGGUCGCAAAAUCAAUAUUGACUGGGCCGAUGUACAGGAGUGCAGCAGCCAGGAAGGUUCCCAAAUGAAGCCUGAGAACUGUUGCUCGUCCUUCAGGACCGUCAGGGGUACGGCCAAUCCACGAUCAUCUCGCUCUUACAGAUGUAAUAAAGAGAACUUGUUUUUUUAUUAUAACAUUUUAUAAGCGUUCUUCAUAAUAUGCCUUAUUUUGUUAAUCGUAUUCAUAGUUUUCUCUUUUUGGUCAUAACCGUCCAAUUGUAUGCGGAUGAACGGCAAUUAGUUUGGAAUUUAUAAGCAAUUAUAUUGUUAUAGCAUCUAGUUAUAGUAAAGUUAAUUUUCUGCAAUUUAGUCUUAAUUUAACUCUUUGUCUUAAUUUAAUUUUUUCACUUUGUCUUAGUUAAUGAUUAGCAAUGUAUUUUAAUAGCAAGCAUGAAUUUAG